AUGAAGAUCCUUUGCAUAUUCCUUAUGAUGACGCUGGCUAUUGGUGGUAACUCAGGAAAUGUUAAAACUGGUUGGGAAGGAGGAGUCGUGCAUUGGUUUGAGGCAAACGUGAAUCGUAAACUCAUCUGGAGAAGAAGGGGCACUUCAGAAUCAGAUCAAACUCCUCUUAUUGUUGCGAGUGGUGUAUCUCAUUCUGUUGAUGCAUGGUCGUACCAAAAAGAUCCUAAUGCAUACAGAACAUACAUUUCUAACAAUGAAUCAGAAAACUCAAGACUAUUUGUAGACGAUACAGUUUCUAAAUCAUUUGAAAAGGUAAACGUUCCAACCAUGACAUCAAGAGACCGAACUGCUGAAUUUGCUAAUGCAGUUCGUUCUUUGCAAGGGCAACAUGUAACAAGAGCAGUUGCUUUUAAAGAUGCAAGGAAAGCAAAGUAUAUACAGAGCUAUGCAGAAUUUAUGAUGAUAGCCAGAACCAUUGGCAAGAAUAUUAGCAGCACCUACACCAAAUUAGAAAAAUUGACCUUGUUGGCCAAGAGAAAGUCGUUAUUCAAUGACCGUCCAUCAGAAAUUCAAGAAUUAACAUAUAUUAUCAAGGAGGAUCUUAAUAGCCUGAAUCAACAGAUAGCCAGAUUACAAGAUGUUGCCCGUCUACAAAGACAAAAGCAACAAAAUGGUCAUCAUCUUUUGUCUCAUUCGUCUAGUGUUGUUUUGGCUCUUCAGUCAAAACUUGCUUCAAUGUCUACGGAGUUUAAACAAGUGUUGGAAGUAAGAACUGAGAAUUUAAAACAGCAGAAAACACGCCGAGAUCAGUUUUCUCAAGGUCCAUUAUCCUCAUCUCUGCCUCCAUCUGCUAUUUCUGGACAUCAUCAGGGAUCGGUAUUGUUAGCAGAAGAGCAAGUGACUGUCAAUAUGGAGCCAAAUAGUCAGAUGAUGCCAGUUGUUCAGAAACAAGUUAUGGUAGCUGAUGAAACAGAAAGCUACAUUCAAAGUAGAGCAGAAACUAUGCAGAAUAUUGAAUCUACUAUUGUUGAAUUAGGAGGAAUUUUUCAACAACUUGCUCAUAUGGUGAAAGAGCAAGAAGAAAUGGUUGAAAGAAUUGAUGCUAAUCUUUCAGACACUGAAUUAAAUGUGGAAUCUGCACAUGGAGAAAUUCUGAAAUAUUUUCAAUCAGUGACUUCAAAUAGGUGGCUUAUGAUUAAAGUUUUUGCAGUUCUCAUCGUGUUUUUUAUUUUCUUUGUUUUAUUUUUGGCAUAAUUUAAAUGGUUCUGAAGUUGGUGUGGAACAUUACAUGGAAAGAGAGAGUACACUGAAACAUAAGACAUCAACAAACGUACUACUUUCCUAGAGUUUCAAGUGUUCUUUCCAACAGCUAUUCAAAACAUAUUUUUAAAUCAGCAGAUAUUGAAAAUUGUGAGAAUGGAUGUCCAUUUCCACUUUAAGACACAUGAAGAUGUGAAUAAUUGUUUGGGGAAACAAAAUAUACUGCAAUGGCAAUGUAUUAUGAUAUAUUCUGAAAACUUUCAAUCUUCCACUUGUGUUUUUCAAGAACAAAAAUUCACGUUGUAAGUUGUAAUAUAGAUUCAUGAAAACUUUUUGUAAGCUUGUAUGAUAAGCAUCAAGUAUGAAAAGGGGUUUAUUGAAAUAUAAGGAUAGGUUUUAUAUUGAAGUGUAUUGUAAUAUUUGCUGAACACAUUAUAAAAAAGUAAGUUAUUUUAAAAAGUGUAUCUAUAUAAGGUGAUAUUCAUUGUAUAAAAAUGUAAAAACUUUUUAUUGUUCUUUAAAUUGAGUUUUCAGAAUAGCAAUACUAUGAUAUUUUUCUCCACAGAAAAUUUUCUCUGAAAUGCAUAUAAUUAAUGAGAGUAUACAGAAAAGUUUUAUAUUUGUGGAGAAAUUUAUUUUCGUCUCUGUUGAUGAUUUUUGCUGGUGAAAGUUGUUAAGACUUGUGUUAUACAUGUUGUGAAUGUAUACUUAAGAGUGUGUGUGAGUGAAUAUGUACCUAUAAACAUGUUAGCAUUCACAUGUGUUCUUGAAAGUGACAGUACUUGUGUGUACAGGGAUGUGUUAAUGUGAAAUAAUGCUGGUCAGAAUUUGAUGAAAAUUUGCUGGGCUCCAAACUCUAAAAAUAUAUAUUCUGUAUGUUUUGUAGGUGAAGUUUCCUGGGGAAAAUGGUUUUAUAUCCUGUCAGGUCUCUGUUUUAUGUUUUGUUUAAUGAAGUGAAUCUGUUCACCUAGUUACCUAAGUCAACUUGGAAUGCAGUUGUGUUAAAAGGGAUAUAUUCUCCUUUUCAUCUGUUCUUUUCCAUUCAUCAAUUUUUGUCCCUUCCCUCAUGUUAAUCUGCAUGGGAUUUUUGAAUAUGUGUUGAAAACAAGAUUCAUUUCAAUUUUUUGAAUCAUAAGUACACUAUAUUUUGUCCAUAAUGUCCUAAGAAUAUUUAAUGACCAUUUUAUAUACAAUGAAGCAUGUUUUUUUUUUUCCUGCUUCCUCUGCUCAUUUCUACAUGGUUCUGUUCUAAUGUACUUCUUACUGUAAUGCAAAUUAAUUUUUUGGAAUAUUCUUCCCAUGUGUCCUAUUCACAUUCCAGUAAAUUAUAUUCUGCAACUUUUCUCUUUCCUUUUUCUAGUGGAUAAAUAGUUUUUUUUAUUAUGUAUGUUUUAUCAUAAACCAGAGUUAUCUCUUAUAUUUGAAUCUUGCAUUGAUGUUAACAUUCUAGCUUUGUUUUCAUGUUCAGUGAAUCACUGUUGUAUUCCUAUGAUAAAAUACAAAAAUUCUGGGAAAUUAGUUGUGAUGUUGAUUUACAGUCUUGCAUGUAAACACUUAUUUCGGUACCACAGUGGCAGGGAAGAUGGGAAGACAGGGAACACUAUUUCAUUUGGUUUCAUUAUAUGAAGUUUUAAUUUAUUUUAACUACAGGUUGUUUCUUAUGCACAUUUUCUUUUGAAAAUUGAAACUGUCAAGUGAUGGCAAGAGCUGUUGAGCCAAGAGGGUCUUAAGCUGAGUGCAGUCAAAUGGUGGUGCUAUUAGAAAUAUCACCUUGCUUUUUGUCUUUGAAGUUCUGUUUCUAGAAUUCUUUCUCAAGUGCAAAGAUUCUAGCUGGAACAAACAUUUUCUAAUUCUGAUUGGUGAAAAUUAUAGUUUAAACCUCACAGGGAAAACUAAAGAAAUAUACCCAUAUGAAGACCACAGGAGAAAAAAAUACAGUAAAAUACCCAUAAAACAAAAUUGUAGGUAAUUAUUUUCUUGCAGUGAAGUUUUGUUCAAAGAAAUACAGUUGAUUCUUACAGUACAUUUAUUGCAGAAUCUACAUUAUUUUGACAUGAAAUUAAAAGUGAAUGAGUUUUAUAUUUAUUAAAUGGAAUAUAUUUAUAUACAGUAAGUUACAGGUGUUUUUUUUUGUAAUUUUUCAGCAAAAUUUUAAUUCGGUUUUUUAAUUAGAACUUUCAGUUAUUUUUUUUAUCCCUGCUUUUUAAAUUGGAAAUUGAAUUAUACAGUCCUGAUACUCCUAUCAGACUGAUUGCAUGGGAACCAUCUUGCAUUGGAAGAUGCAUACAGCUCCACCAAACACAUUCAUGCAUGAAAAAUGGCUCCUAGAUUUGCUGUAAAACAGGGCACAUUUCUUUUGUUUUGAACUAAACUAAGUUCAAAAUUGGAUCAAAAGGCGGAAUUUUAAUUCGUUGUACUGAAAGUUUGAGUUUUUUCAAAGUGAAAUUAUUUUACAUCUUAUUCGUAAGUAAAUUGGUGAAGACAUGAAAUAAUUUUAUAAAAGUGAAAUUUUCAAUGUAUUUUCAUUGGUUAUAACAUUUCUUUGGAUACAGAAAAUACAUAGAAAAUAUACAGGAAAAUAUGGUGCUUGCCAACUGUAAUGGAAAGAAGAUUAUUUCUUUGUAAAUUACAAUAAAUCAGGGAUUGUUGAUUUGAAUAUAAUCUAAAACUACACAAUACCUUUAAAGUAUCUUGUGUGACUCUUCUAAAGUCACUUUGAAACAUGCCUUUGUCUGUCCAGAUUUCUAAAUUGAUUGUCAACAAAUGUCAUAAAAUCAUUUUUGGAUGUGUCUCUUCUUGUUACUUUCUGUUAGUUGCCCCUGGAAAAUUAUCAAAAUGACUGAAUUUCACUCACUGACCUUAAAGCAUGGUGGCUAGCCAGGAAAUUUGAUAAUGCAUGCAAAUCAUGGGAUUGUCGUGAAAUUUCGGCUUUGAUGUUAUAUACUCUGAGUAAACUCUAUUUUUGAACCUUCUUUGAUCAGAAGAUUCCCUUUGCUUUUGACUAAAUAUUGUAUAUUGUUUGUAAAGUAUCCCAAUUGUUUGGGGUUUCAAAUAAAAAAUAAGUAAAUGUGAUGUAAGUUUUUCUUACCACAUCACACAAUUGUAAGAAAUGAUACCAUGUAAAAUAAAUUAAUGAGCUUAAAAAAUUUCAUAGAAGUGUCUGAGAAGUUCCAGAUAUUGUCUAUGAAUUUGAAGGCCAUCCUGUUGACACUGUCAGUGUUAUGUGUGGAUUUCUUUGAAAAAUGUUCUCUGUAUAAGUCUGCUGUUGAAAUUGGUGAAAAGUGAAGUGUUAAACAUUUUUGAGUAAAAUUUGAUACAGUUAAUAUGAAGGGAGGAGAUGAACAAAAUGGAAUGUAUUUUCAGUAUUUUGAGUAAAUGUUCUAAAUAAUAGAAGUUUUCAUGUAGGGGAAAGUGGGACACAUGAGUCACAAACAUUUCCAUGUUGGUUACUCUGUAAAUAAGCCUCAUAUGUUAUUCCUUUCAUGUUACACAUCUUGAAUAUUAAUUAUUAACUAUAAAAAUGCAGAGUAAGUAUAAAGAUAAAUACUUUGUUGUUUCAAAAUUUUUAUGUGAAAUUAUGAAAAUAUCUCAACCUACCUGCCCCACCUGUGGGAUAGGUUGAGACAGUAUUGAAUGCAUCUCAACAGUUGUUAGAACAUUGACCGUUUAUUUAUGGCAUUAUUUUACUUUCAUUUACAAACACCACAGUUAAAUUUAGCCAUUACUGAAAUUAACUCUGACAAUGGGCUUACAUUGAAUAAAUUGCUUACAAGCUAUGGCAAUGAUGCACUGUAAAUAAAUGUAUAACACUGUUAUUCUGUAUGAAUUUUCAAAAGUGCCUCCAAAUUGUUAAGGAACAUGUUCACGUAAUUGAAUGAAGUGGCUCUUGCAAGAUUACAUCCUUUAGCUACUCACAGUGAUAGUUGUGAAUAAUAUUUUAUAAAGCAAUUUAGUAUUUCCCAGCCUUGCUAUUCCUCGAACUUUCAUUGACGAGGACAUUUCAUUUUAUUGAUGCGAACUCUUCCAUAUCUCGAUUUGUGAGUUUGUGGGGUUUUAAAGCCAUAAAGCUUUUUGGAGCCAUUGAUACAAAGUCAAAUUAAAUCUUGCUCAUCCAAGAAAAAUUUUCGUGAGUCACAAUGGUCUUUUAUUUCCAGCUGAAUUUUAGGUAUUUUAUUUUAUUAAAUUUUUAAUUGACAUAUCUAGCAGGAAUAUGAGAUUUCAUAUUCAUCAUCUCGACAAUACACUAAUACUUCAGCCAUUUACACAAGUUCAAACACCUUUCAUUGUGACUGCAUCAAAGAACUCUUUCAUCUUUGGUUUUCUCUAUCCUUCAGACAUUCACUAACUAAUCUAGAACAUACUGUAUCUGCAUUGAAAAUGUGAAUAAACUUUUGUUUCCUUAGGUGUCUCGUCUUUCCCCACAUUAAAUCUCCUCUCAACCUGCCCCACGUGCACUUCGUAGGCUAAAAGCACCACACCAAUUCUUAAAUGAUUAGAACUAGUAGUAAUUCAAUAGUGAUAUUGAUAUAGAAUAUAAAUCAGUUAAAUGAAUGAUCAAUUUUUUUUUUUUUUAUCAAGUAUUAAAUCUCAGUUGCUUUUUCAGCAAAAAAAUUCUUCAGUAGUUUGAAAGCAUUACUUCAGUAAAAACUUGCAAACUACUCUAGCCUACUCAAUAAAGAUACAAGACAUUGUGGGUGAAAAAUAAGUGCAUUCUUCUCAAAAUGCCAACUCAAUGUUGCAAAAUUCCCUUGAUAUGGUAAUGUCUCAAGGUGCCCUGCUUCUCAUUGUGACCUACUUUCCCUUACAUUAUAAAGUUCUGUUUAAUGUUUACUUUGGAGGUGCUCAAAGAUUAUCCAAAUGCGAGUGUAUUGCAGAAUGCUACUUAAAGUAUAACUUGUAUAUUUACUGAUAAAGAAGAGAGUGAGGUAGGGGCAAGUCAAUGGGAAUAAAUUAUUUUCAUUGCUCUUGUACAAGGAAUUGGCUUGAUGAAGGAAGCCAUCAAGCUUUUUGGAAAUUCAAAGCUAAAGAUUAAGCAAAGCUUCUUUGCGUAGUAUCAAAUAGUCCAAUCUAAAUUAAUUGAUCAAAAGAAGUGUGUUAUUUUGGCCCCCUUCUGAAUUUCUCCCUUUAAUAAAUACUGGUUAAGGCAUUCUUUAUGUAAAUUUGAUAAUAUGAAUAAAAUUCUUCCUUGUGUUGUGAAACAUUCCCUUUAAUUUUCUAGUUUUGUAGUUGAACAAGAAUAAAAGUUAUUUCUACAAAUUCUCUAAUCUUGCUUUGUGCAGAAUUUCAUUGAGAAGUGUUAUAUGAUCUUUAAAAGUUUAUGCUGGUCUACAGAAUUGUGGCCUAAUGUUUUAUCCGAUUGAUUAAAGAUUAAAAAAAAAAAGAAAAGUUAAUUAGUUUAUGUUGUAAGAUGUUUUCUGAUUUGAAUGGAAAAUAUUGAAUACUUAUGCAUAUUUACUGUUAAAAGGACUGUAUAAAUAUUAUUUUCUUUGUGUUGUGUGGAGAAUGAUUUUAUUUUUAAAAAAAAUCCUUUUUGAAUGUCUUGUUCAAUUUAUACAUGUGGCUCAGCAUAUUUUAACCUUAAUAUAAAAUCUGCAAGUGAAUGAGAAAGCAGACAAUUUUACUAUACUAUGCUUUUCGCAACUCUGUCUCUGGCUGGUAUCAGCUGUUAGCAGUUUCAUCCAAUCAGGAGUUUUAAUGUCACCAUAGUGCCGUUCAAGUUCGCAAUUGGAUGAAACCUUCAACAGCUGAUACCUGCCAGGGGCAAAGUUGCAUAAAUUUCAGUAUACAG